AUGGGAACCCAAGCCUGGGAAGAAGAAGCAAGCUGUGUUGAAGAUCAAAGUGAUGGUUACUUAGAUGAGAUUAGGAUUAUGCUGGAGAUGGAUAUACAAUACCUAGAAUUUGGCGAACAAGAGAUUUCAAAAGGAGUGAGCAUUCGAUUGUUAAACUUGGGUCAAGUGGGCUUUGAGAAUAAGGAUCUGAUUCUCAGAGCUUCCAACGUGGAAAACCAGUGUCUCUCCUUUCAUCUUGUUAUAUGUCCUGAGAGCUUGGUCAUUAUGACCAGUGAGAAUAUUUUCUCUGGUCUCCACCAUUUAGAAGAUGCGCUUACAGGUACAACCUGGCUGAGUGAAAUUGUAGACGUGAUCUUUAAAGAUGGUGAUGUGGAAAAGUGCAAAAGAGAUGCCAUUUUUAAUCGUAUACCUUUCUUAGAAUGCAGAAAAGAAGAGAUGAUGAAUGGGGUAAAACAAUUAAAAGAGAUGGCAUCUCCUAGAAUCUUGAAGACUCAUUUGCCAGCGCAGCUUCUUCCAGCUUCAUUUUGGGAAAAGAACUGUAAGAUGAUCUAUCUUUGCCGGAAUGCCAAGGACGUGGCUGUUUCUUUUUAUUAUUUCUUUCAAAUGGUAGCUGGUCAUCCAAAUCCUGGAACUUUUCCAGAGUUUGUGGAGAAAUUCAUGGAUGGAGAAGUUCCUUAUGGUUCCUGGUAUGAACAUGCAAAAUCUUGGUGGGAACUGAGAAAGAAUCCACGUUUGCUAUUUCUUUUCUAUGAAGACAUGAAGGAGUUACAAUUAUCCAGAAUGGAAAUCAUGAACCAAAAAAUAUCUCCAUUCAUGAGAAAAGGGAUUAUAGGAGACUGGAAGAAUCACUUUACAGAGGCCCUGAAUAAGAAAUUUGAUAUGCACUAUGAGCAGCAAAUGAAGGGGUCUACACUGAAAUUACGAACUGAGAUCUAAGAAAGGCUUUUCUAACGUAUCAGAGGUUACAGCUAUCCUUAUUUUAGAUUGCUAGAGAAGGAGUCGUGUGAAAGGUUAUAUGAUCAGGUUCACAUGGUUAUUGAGAUCUCAAUUAUAGACACAGAAUGAUUUUUGCCUGAUAUUAUCUUUAUAUUUUGUUUUUUAUUCUUUUUCUCCUCCUCCUUUUUCUUCUUUUUACAAAUAUUACACAAAGCUAUAAUCUAUGGCAGUGAUGUAGAAACACACAGAGAGUUGAACUUAGAAGUACAUUAAAAAUAAAUAAGCAUUCCAAAUUAUUUUCAUGCUGUCCCCCCUAUUCCCUCUCCCCCUACACACAUUUAGUAGUAUAUUUCGUAUUUACAUGAACUUUGAAAAUCAUGGAAGAUAUAACUAAAAUCAACAAAUAAAAUUGGGGGCAUAAUUAUACCUAUUAUGUAGUUCCUGAUUUUUUUCACU